AUGGGACACCCGGGGAUGCCCCACUACCCCCCCAUGGGGAUGCACCCCAUGGGGCAGAGACCCCCCAACAUGCCUCCUGUUCCCCACGGGAUGAUGCCCCAGAUGAUGCCCCCCAUGGGGGGACCCCCAAUGGGGCAGAUGCCUGGGAUGAUGCAGUCGGUGAUGCCUGGAAUGAUGAUGUCCCACAUGUCCCAGGCUGCCAUGCAGCCCACGGUUCCUCCAGGGGUGAACAGUAUGGAUGCACAAGUAGGUGUAACCCCUCCUGGAACUCAGACAACCCAUCCCGUGGUGUCCACGGUCCAGCAAACAGCCACCACCACCAGCUCUGCCAGCGAGGAUCACUCCAAGCAGAAAUCCACGUGGACAGAGCACAAAUCUCCCGAUGGAAGAACUUAUUACUACAACACCGAGACGAAGCAGUCGACGUGGGAGAAGCCAGAUGAUCUCAAAACACCUGCUGAGCAACUGCUGUCCAAGUGUCCCUGGAAAGAGUAUAAAUCAGACUCUGGGAAGCCUUACUAUUACAAUUCCCAAACCAAGGAAUCCCGCUGGGCCAAACCCAAAGAGCUGGAGGAUCUUGAAGCAAUGAUUAAAGCUGAAGAAAACAGCACCAAGCCCGAGGACUCCGGUGCAGCCACGGCAGCUCCGGCCGCAGCCACGGACACGGCGAGCGGAGCCAGCGCCGCCCCCGCGGCCGAAACCGCCCCCACGGCCACGGCCGCUCCUGCUGGAGCCGCUCCAGAGGGGGAAACUGCUCCAGCUGCUGCCGGGGGGGAUGCUGAGGGGGCUGGGACAGCCCAGGCCGAGGAGCAGGGACAGGGAAGCGCUGCCCCCGGAGCGCAGGAGGGGACGGGGGACACGGCCACCGGCACCGAGGACGCGGCCAAGCAGGAGGCAGCGGGAGAUGCUGCUGCAAAGAAGGAGGACGACGAUGCCCAACCAGUGAAAAAAACCUACACCUGGAACACAAAGGAAGAGGCAAAACAAGCAUUUAAAGAGCUGUUAAAAGAAAAGCGAGUCCCAUCCAAUGCUUCUUGGGAGCAAGCGAUGAAAAUGAUCAUCAAUGAUCCCAGAUACAGUGCUCUGGCAAAACUAAGUGAGAAGAAGCAAGCUUUUAAUGCCUACAAAGUUCAGACAGAAAAGGAGGAGAAAGAAGAGGCGAGAUCCAAGUACAAAGAAGCCAAAGAAUCCUUCCAGCGCUUCCUGGAGAACCACGAGAAGAUGACAUCCACCACCAGAUACAAAAAAGCUGAGCAGAUGUUUGGGGAGAUGGAAGUGUGGAACGCCAUCUCCGAGCGGGAUCGGCUGGAGAUCUAUGAGGAUGUCUUGUUCUUCCUGUCCAAGAAGGAGAAGGAACAAGCCAAGCAGUUACGGAAGAGGAACUGGGAGGCCCUGAAGAACAUCCUGGAUAACAUGGCCAACGUCACCUACUGCACCACGUGGUCGGAGGCCCAGCAGUACCUGAUGGACAACCCCACGUUUGCAGAGGAUGAGGAGCUGCAGAACAUGGACAAGGAGGAUGCCCUGAUCUGCUUUGAGGAACAUAUCCGGGCCUUGGAAAAAGAGGAGGAAGAGGAAAAGCAGAAAAGUUUGCUGAGAGAAAGGAGGAGGCAGAGGAAAAACAGGGAAUCCUUCCAGCUGUUCCUGGACGAGCUGCACGAGCACGGGCAGUUGCAUUCCAUGUCCUCCUGGAUGGAGCUGUACCCAGCCAUCAGCUCUGACAUCAGAUUCACCAGCAUGCUGGGCCAGCCUGGAUCCACAGCCCUGGACCUGUUCAAGUUCUACGUGGAGGACCUCAAAGCUCGUUACCACGAUGAGAAGAAGAUCAUCAAAGACAUCCUAAAGGAUAAAGGAUUUGUGGUGGAGGUGAACACUUCCUUUGAGGAUUUUGUCACAGUCAUCAGCUCCACCAAAAGAGCCACCACUUUGGAUGCAGGAAAUAUCAAACUGGCUUUCAACAGCCUGCUGGAGAAGGCCGAGGCGCGGGAGCGGGAGCGGGAGAAGGAGGAGGCUCGGAAGAUGAAGCGGAAGGAGUCGGCCUUCAAGAGCAUGUUGAAACAGGCAGCCCCCCCCAUCGAGCUGGACGCUGUCUGGGAGGAUAUCAGGGACAGGUUUGUGAAGGAACCAGCAUUUGAAGACAUCACCCUGGAGUCUGAAAGGAAAAGGAUAUUUAAAGACUUCUUAUAUGUGCUAGAGCACGAGUGCCAGCACCACCACUCGAAGACCAAGAAACACUCGAAGAAGUCCAAAAAGCAUCACCGGAAACGCUCCCGUUCCCGCUCCGGCUCCGAGUCCGAGGACGACGACAGCCACUCCAAGAAGAAGCGGCAGCGCUCGGAAUCCCGCUCGGUGUCCGAGCGCUCGUCCAGCGCGGAAUCCGGUACGGGGUGGGGUUGGAUGGCUUUGGAAUCCUCAUUCCCACUUGGGUUGCCUUGUCUUCAUCACCUCACUGACGUGUUUUUGUUGUCCCUGCCUGCAGAGAGGAGUUACAAGAAGUCCAAAAAGCACAAGAAGAAGAGCAAGAAGAGGAGACACAAGUCUGAUUCCCCGGAGUCGGAUCUGGAGCGAGAGAAGGACAAGAAGGAGAGGGACAGUGAGAAGGAGCGGGGCAGGCAGAGAUCCGAGUCCAAACACAAAUCCCCCACCAAGAAACGGCCUGGCAAAGAUUCUGGGAACUGGGACACGUCGGGCAGCGAGCUGAGCGAGGGGGAGCUGGAGAAGCAGAGGAGGACUCUGUUGGAACAACUGGAUGAAGAUCAAUGACAAAUUAUUUAUACCAAAAAUGUUUACAUGGCAUCCCAACCCAGCAGAGCGUGGAGGGGCCUCGGCCCCCCUUCCACGGCUGGAAUGACAGCGGCUUUUAGUUUGUCCCACAUCACCCCAGUCAGUCCCUAUCAGCAGCAAAUGGAGAAAAGGUGUGGAAUUCCCAGGGCACAGCUGGAGCUCUGGGGUGGGAUGGGUGUGUCCCCAAGCCCAGGGGAGCCUGUGCACCUUCCUGGCCAGGGAAUAACACUGGGCUGCUGGGCAGAGCCAUUUCAGCUUUGGAAAAGGGUCUUAAUUUACUUUCUUAUGGUUUAAUUCACCGGAGGGAUCUGGUUGGGUGCCUUUUUCUGGGAAGGCAACGGGAGCAACGAAUCCACGUCCUGAUCUGUCCUGCAAACCCCCAGAUUUUGGGAUUGUUCUCGGUCGCAGUGAGGAGUUUGUCCAAGACUUGACUGAUUGUGGUCCGAGCACCGGCUCGGAGCGAGCUUUCCCAGUAAAUAACCCUGGGAAUGUGAACGGGAAUGUGGCUGCAGCGCCAGCAGAGGGGGUGUGUGUGUGACACAACCCCCUCAUUCCCAAAUCCCGCCCCGGCCCAGCCGUGGGCGUUCCCUCAGCGCUUAUCUCCACCUCUAUCUCCUCCUGUACCUCCACCUUCGGAAAAUUUAGGAAUAAAACAAAUUUGACCCCGAUUUCCAUGUGUUGCCUUAAGAACCUGCUGCAGAAUGUCCCUGCCCGGCCCAGAGCAGGGAGGAGGAGGCAAUUCCAGCCCUGUUUUCCAACCCCCUGCGUGUCCAGGAAGGUGCCCCCACCCUGCUCGGGGAGAAAAUUGGGAACCUGCUCUCCUUGGAAUAUUUUUGUACAUUUUUAUUGAUGAUUAAACCUUGUCUUGUACCCUG